AUGGAUCAGCAGUCAUCCUCCUUGGCAUCAAGCCUCAGCGAGAGUAGCGACGUCUUUUCGAAGCACACUUCUAUUCACGAGCAGACCAAAACAGCGCAAAGAGACGAAGAUCUCAGCAGACUUCUAGUACAGAGAUUUGAUGUGGAGGACUCUCUAUGUCUCAAUGUACAUGAAGUAGAAAACAAGGUUUGUGAUGAACUUGCGUUGCCAGCUAAAAGCCAUUGUUCUGAAGACAAUGAAACCAUCGUCGCUAAAGUUUUCACCAACAAGUCUACAGGAGAACUUGACCUGCCACCAGAUGGAGGUUACGGAUGGGUUUGUUGCUUGUGCGUGACGCUCAUCAUGUUUUCCACCUGGGGCGCCAAUUCUGGAUUUGGUGUGUUCUUGGCGUUUUAUCUCAACAACGGUGUCUUCGAAGGUGCCACCAAAUAUGACUACGCGUUAGUCGCUGGUAUGACCGUGGCCUUCGGCCAAGGUAUGGCUCCUUUUGCCAUGUUUUUGACGAGACUCUUUGGCUGCAAACCUCCAAUGUAUGUGGGAAUUGCGAUGCUAUUCAGUGGGUUUCUUUUGGCAUCCUUCGCAACAAAGCUAUGGCAGCUCUACUUGACGCAGGGUGUUCUUGUCGGAAUUUCAACGGCCUUGCUCUACGCUCCUGCCACAACAGUCAUUCCUGGGUGGUUCUUGCGUAAGAGGUCGUCCGCGAUCGGAAUGUCUCUGAUUGGAACAGGUGCAGGUGGUGUGACAUACGCGGUAUCCGUGGCAAAGCUACUUCAGCAAAGCGGACACCAGGCGUGGCCGCUUCGUAUGAUGGCCAUUUCCUGCACAGUUACUUGCAUUGUUUCUACCGUUCUAUUAAAACCAAGAAACCCUCCUAAACCAGCAGGCAUAAGAUCGUUCUCAAAAAUAAUAACAGAAUUCAAGUUGAUAUUUUCCACGAGGGUCACAAUGCUUUAUAGAGUCGACCUGAUUGCUGUCUGGUUUGUGUUUGCGUUGCUGGGCUACAAUCUGAUGAUUUUCACUCUGUCACCAUAUGCCGUUGCCAGAGGAUUGUCUCCGCAUCAAGCAUCAAUUUUAACCACCUGUUUGAAUGCCGCACAAACCUGUGGUAGACCGAUGAUUGGUUUUAUGGGUGACAGAAUUGGGAGAAUAAACAUCACGAUUAUCCUGACUGCGGUUUUGACCAUAUUCCUGUUUGCCUUUUGGCUUACCGCUCGCAGUUUCCUUCAACUUCUUAUGUUUUCCAUCUGUGUAGGAUCUUGUGUGGGUGUUGCGAAUGUUAUGAGUACAGUCCUGGUGGCAGAUAUUGUAAGUCCCUCAGAUUUCUUGCCAGCUUGGAGUCUAGUGAAUUCAUUGGGCGCUCCAUUGUUACUGGAGUGCGAACUUGUGGCGCAGGCGUUGACUGACUCCAGUCAUCCAAGCAAUCCUUAUCUGCACACACAGAUUUUCGCUGGGCUGUGUUUCGUAUGCGCGCUAGUGCUGAUAGCCAUAUUUCGUGAACUACGCGUACGAAACAAGCUAGAAGAGCGAAGCAAACGAUCUAGAGGAACAUAUGAAAGCAUGGAAGAAGACGAAAAUGAGAAGGACGUCUCGGACUACGCUGAUAUAAUGGGACCUGGUCCGGUGAGAUUUUUCAGAAGGAUGUUCUAUCCAAUGAAGCUGUGA